UUGGACCUAUAUCAGCCAGCUACUUUGAACAAAACUGCAAAGGACCACUUCCUGGUGAUUGUGAUCCACAAGCUUGUGGUGGUCCUUGCGAGUCGAGAUAUGUUUCAUGACCAAGCAAUUAAAGGUGAUAGAACCAUUAAAUCCUGUCAGUGCUUAGAUGAUAAGUACUGUUCCUUAUCAGGUGUUUUGUCUCAAGCCGGUUGUAAGGCUUAUGCUGACUUGGGCACCACGAGCCAGCGUUUGAUUCGCACAUGGACGAUGGAUAGUCGAGACAGAAGAAAUCGUUACAGCAACGACAUACUACUCAGAUACAGUGAUAAACUCCGGCAUCAGCAGUUGAUCAAUGGCAAUUCGUUGUUCUGCUGUCGUAGCCGUCGUGCUUCCAAAAAGCAAGCUAUGUAUUUAAAAUCAGCUGCCUCGUUUAUGAUAAUGCCGUUACUUUACUUCUUGACAUUCCUCUAUCUUAAUGUAUGA